UCGCAGUCAUCCAGAGCUUCGCCCGAGCCCGGAGAGUCAGAUAACCAAGGUCACUUCAUCGGUGCUGCUUCUGGCUUCAACUUCCUUCUGCGCCUGCAGAGACAGCUACAUCGUGCAGGGCACGCAGUUGCGCCGCCGUCGCUGCUCGCUCUCGGAGACGCAGCUCUCCCGGAGUUUGAUGUACAGUCUUUCACACUCCCGUCUGAACCAGACGCAAGUGCGUUGGUGAACACUUAUUUCACUCUCGCGACGCCCACGAUCAGGUUUUUUCAUCGUGGUACAGUCGAAAGCUGGCUACGUGAGCUUUAUCAGACAGCCCUUAAUGGGUUAACUAAGCCUGAAGAUCGUAAGAAGGCGGCCUUGUUGAUCAUCAUGGCCAAUGCAACGCGAUAUGUUGAUCCUACCACAACUUCAGAAGCUACGAGUAGCUCCAGCGGGAUUCUGUAUUACCAAGCAGCUGAGAGGGAAUUGGCGCGUGAGGCCGGCCCAGCAACUCUGAUCGUUGUACAGGUGCUCCUGGGAUUCUGCUUGUACACAAUCACCUUGACACGCCUAGGCCACUCCUGGACUCUGUUCGGCUCCAUCUCCCGCCAGAUUCUCGCUCUGGGGCUGCAUAGGAGAGGCUCACAGGUUUUUGGAUACCGAAAGAGUGCUGUAGACAGAUACUUGAGUGCCAUCCACGGUCGACCUAGCGCAUUCCAUGACGAAAACAUCGACCAGGACCUGCCAAGAGCGAUAGACGAUGAACACAUUUCAGAGGUUGGGAUUACCGCCGAAGCACAAGGACCUUUCUGUUUCAUGCAAGGACCUAUAAUGCAUAUCAAGCUUGUGCAGAUUGUAAGUCGAACCUUGCGUUUACUAUAUGGAGUUCGGCGUCUCUCUGAGAUCGGACGCUACAGUCUCAUGGCAGAGCUUGACAAAGAACUUGAUCUAUGGCGAGAAGCUCUACCAGCACAUCUCAAUCCUGAUCUAGUCGAUUCUGCCCUCCUACUUCCCAGCCUCCAACGGCAAAGCAAGGUACUCAAUUUGGCGUAUCACCAUACUCGGCUCUUUGUCUACAGACACAGCCUUUUCAGCGAUCUGAGGAAGGACACACAGAUUCCUGCUCAUGAGGUCCAAGCAAACAUUGCCAAAUGUGUCAACGCAGCGAUGUCUAUUGCAAAUCUUGCCGGUCGCAUUGUUGCUGCGAAGCAAUUGUUCACCGGGUCAUGGCAUGCCUACUAUCAAAUAUAUUGUGCAGCAACUGUGCUCUAUACACACACUUUCAAAUUGACAUCCCAAGACCAAUCAACUUGGAUCGAGUACUUCCGGGCAGCAGAACUUUGCCAGUCUUACAUUGCUACUCAAGCUGUCGAGGACUCGUUGCCGUAUCGGUUGCAAGUUGUGAUAGAGGAGUAUCGGUGUGAGUUCAAGCGACUGAUCAAAUAUUCGAAUACGACCGUUUCCGCAUGA